GUUCCUUCCCACCCAGCUGUCCAGUCUGUCCAGGUCACGCUGGAUGGCAGCAUGGCCUUCCAGUCUGUCAGCCUCUCCUCCCAGUUUUGUAUCGUCAGCAAACUUGCUGAGGAUAUAUCCUGUCCCUCCAUUCAGGUCACUGCAUAUUUCUGUUUCCUGAUGGCAGCCCUGGGCGUGACGGCUGGUGCACAUCGCCUGUGGAGCCACCGUUCCUACAAAGCCAAGCUGCCUUUGCGGAUCUUUCUGGCUGCAGCUAACUCCAUGGCUUUCCAGAACGACAUCUACGAGUGGAGCCGAGACCACCGUGUGCACCACAAGUACUCAGAGACGGACGCAGACCCACACAACGCCCGCCGUGGCUUCUUCUUCUCCCACAUAGGCUGGCUGUUUGUGCGCAAGCACCGGGACGUCAUCGAGAAGGGGAGGAAACUGGAUUUCACUGACCUGCUGGAUGACCCUGUCGUCAGGUUCCAAAGAAAGUAUUACAAGAGUUCAGUUGUGCUGAUGUGCUUUGUGAUCCCUACCUUCGUGCCCUGGUACCUCUGGGGAGAGAGUCUGUGGAACGCCUACUUCCUUGCCUCCGUCCUGCGGUACACCAUAUCCCUCAACGUUGCCUGGCUGGUCAACAGCGCCGCUCACAUGUACGGCAACCGCCCUUACGACAAGUACAUCAGCCCCAGGCAGAACACCUUUGUCACUCUGGGAGCCAUUGGUGAGGGUUUCCACAACUACCACCAUACCUUCCCAUUCGACUACUCAGCCAGCGAGCUGGGCCUGAAGUUCAACCCCACCACCUGGUUCAUUGACUUCAUGUUUUGGUUGGGGUUGGUCACUGACCGCAAGCAGGCUCCGAAGGAGAUGAUCCAGGCUCGCAAGGAAAGGACUGGAGAUGGCAGUGCUUGA